AGGAACCGGAAGUCGGAGCUAUAAAGCAAAGGAAGCCGACAGCCCCACUGCAUUUUCUUUCUUCCUCUUGGUUGCGCUGCCGCCUUCCAGUGUAAGCUAGAGCCAGUGGGGCCUCCGGCCUAGCCCAGCUUUCGUUAUGGCCCUCAGCGAUGCUGACGUGCAAAAGCAGAUUAAGCAUAUGAUGGCUUUUAUUGAACAAGAAGCCAAUGAGAAAGCAGAGGAAAUUGAUGCGAAGGCUGAGGAAGAGUUCAACAUUGAGAAAGGUCGUCUUGUGCAAACCCAAAGACUGAAGAUUAUGGAAUACUACGAGAAGAAAGAAAAGCAGAUUGAGCAGCAGAAGAAAAUUCAGAUGUCUAAUUUGAUGAAUCAAGCAAGGCUCAAAGUCCUCAGAGCAAGAGAUGACCUUAUUACAGACCUACUAAAUGAAGCAAAACAGAGACUCAGCAAAGUGGUAAAAGAUACAACCAGGUACCAAGUGCUGCUGGAUGGACUGGUCCUCCAGGGUUUGUACCAAUUGUUGGAGCCCCGAAUGAUUGUUCGUUGCAGGAAGCAGGAUUUCCCUCUGGUAAAGGCUGCAGUGCAGAAAGCGAUUCCAAUGUAUAAAAUUGCCACCAAAAAAGAUGUUGAUGUCCAAAUUGAUCAGGAGGCCUACCUGCCUGAGGAAAUAGCUGGUGGAGUUGAGAUCUAUAAUGGGGAUCGUAAAAUAAAAGUUUCCAAUACUCUAGAAAGCCGGCUGGAUCUCAUAGCCCAGCAGAUGAUGCCAGAAGUACGGGGCGCCUUAUUUGGUGCAAAUGCCAACAGGAAGUUUUUGGACUAAACCUUCCGGGCAAGGUGGAGUUCAUGCACUGCUUUCCUGUCAUGUGGAAGUUUCUGAUAUUUGAAGAAACAAGAUACCUGUGUGGCUUCCUCUUCACUCUUCUAAUAUUAUGUAUUUAUCAGUGGAUCCUCUCUGUAGCUAAUGCCCUUGGCCUAAUUGUUAAUAUGAGAAAGUUUCACUUACUAUGAUCAGGAAACCUCCUCCUUAGCUUUGACUUAUAUUUGCUUUUGUAGCAUGAAGGUGAGGGUAUCAGAUGGUGGUUACUGGAGCUUCACCGGGUCUCUGCUCUUCUCUCGUCUUCUGCUAUCAGUUCUCUAGCCUAGAGGGUGAAGUGUGUGGUGUUCUUUGACAUUCAGUCUCUGCUCUUUAAGCUGCAGAUGCGUGGGGAGCAUGCAUUCCUACCUGCAAUAGUAGCUUCACUGUAAAACUGUUUGGGCCUAGAAGUGCUCCUCAUCUGUAAAUGUGAUUUAAAAUCUAAGCCGUGAGUAGGUCUUAUUUAUUAAAACAAAAUAUUUACAUGGA